AUGCCUGCCCCUCUAUAUAAGAUGCAAAAAACUCCAGCGAAAUGGCCGGACUGCACCGGCGGAAUUGGACCGUGCAACAAUGGUGCAAACCUGCGGAGCAAAGAGGAAGUCAAUGCGAAGAUCCAAUCCCAACUUCUCAAGCAAGCUCAACUAAGCGCAAGCGGAAUUGUCCCAACCAUCGAAGCCAGAGCAAACCAGAGGAUGAUGAAGGAGCUGGUGGAAGUAGUGGUGGCCCUGUCGGUCAGUCACAUGGAGUGA